AAAGCACUCGGCUUGUUCGACUAUGUCGACUCACUGGCCAUGCACAAGGCGGCGCACCAAAAAGUGGAGGAUUUAUUUUUGAGUUGUGAAAUCGGCAAAAAGGGAUCGUGCUUGGACGAAAUUAAACCAAUACUAACGCAGUAUGGUGUCUGCUUUGUGGUGUCACCAAACAUGACUGUGAGACGACCUGGUCCUGAGACGACGCUCUCACUGCUUUUGAACUUGGAAUUGUACGAGAUUAUACCCGGCACCGUUUCGGAUUCUGGCAUUAUUCUUUCACUACAUGAUCCUAGUGACACAUCAUCACAUCAUCACACUGUUGGAAUUCACCUUGAGGCCGGCAAAGUGGUUACAAUUCCGAUAAAUGAAGUUAGAAAGCUAACACGAUACAAUCAGCACUGUGGAAGACGUACGGUAGGACCAUUCUUGCGCAAGCAAUAUUCAAGGGAAUCAUGCGAGUGGGUUUCUGUCAUGCAGGACGUUGAAAGAGCUUGCAAAUGUCGCCCAGUGAACAGUCCAUACAACAGAAAUAUGUUCUCAGAUCAACCUCUGAUAGUUGGUUUCAAGAACCAACACUGGCACCACAGCGGUGCAACGCCUGUCAAAAUCAGGGGAGGGGGGAGAGCAGCAGCUGAUAUGAUUAAUGCCAACCGAGCUACAACUAAACUUCUCACUUGUUUGUGCGAAAUUUUAACUGCGGAUAAGUAA